UGGCAGUUUCUUCAGAUUUUAGAAGUCCUUUCAGGACCAGCAGAUUGGCCAACCACGUAAUCUGAUAUAUAGAGGAUUAGAAUCAGAGAUCCAUAUCAGUGUCUGUCACAAGAAUUAAGAAGCUAUGCAAGAAGUGAACUAUGCACAUUUCAAAGCAGAGACAACCCAUGUUACAGUUAUUUAAGGACAGCAUAGUCUAACAAGAUGCUAUGUUUAAAUAAAGCUAUGGUGUGAUGCAUGCGGUCAACCUACUACUAUUAUAUGUCAGGUGUGUACUUUGAGGCAAAUAGUCAAUUGUGGGCUGUUAAAUUACUGUCGCGAGGAAGGGGUUGUGCAACACGAUCCAACUUAUUGUAGAACCAACACCGUUCUAUCAUCCACAGCCACUGCAUCAUUUCAUUUCUGCGCUCCUCAUCUACUAUUGAGCCACUCAAUUAGAGUUAGUCAGAGAGGGCAACAUGGCUGGAGCUAUAGUGAGUGUUUCAACUGGUGCCCUGAGCACCCUGCUUCCUAAGCUCUCCCUGUUGAUCCAAGGGGAGUACAAGCUUCUCAAAGGCGUGAAGGGUGGGAUCUCCUUUCUGAAGGAUGAGCUGACCAGCAUGCAUACCCUUCUAGUGAAGCUGGCAAACAACGAGGAGAACUUGGAUGAGCAGGUGAAGGAUUGGAGGAACAAGGUGCGUGAGCUGAGCUAUGAUAUUGAAGACUGCAUCGACCUUUUCCUGCACAAGGUGAGCAGUUCUAAUGCUAAAGCGGGCCUUGUCCGGAAGACGGCAGCUAAAAUUAGAAAGUUAUGGUCGCGCCACAAAAUCGCAAACCUAAUUGAAGAACUUAAGGCUCGUGUUAUAGAAGAAAGUGAUCGCCGUUUGAGAUAUAAUUUUGAAGAAGUUGCUGAUAAUUUUAGCCAUGUUCAAAUUGAUCCUCGACUGCCAGCACUCUAUGUGGAAGCAGAGAAGCUUGUUAGGAUUGAUGGUCCUAGAGAGAAGAUUAUCGAGUGGCUGGAAAAAGAUGAAUCUCAGAAACUCAAAGUAGUAUGCAUUGUGGGCUUUGGAGGUCUUGGAAAGACAACUCUUGCAAACCAAGUUUAUCACAAAAUGAAAGGUCAAUUUGAUUGUUCUUCUUGCAUGCCAGUUUCACGGAAUCCUAAUAUGACAAAGAUACUAGUUGAUUUGCUCAAAGAAUUGGGAAGUCGUGUUGAUACAUCAGAUGAUGAGCGUCAGCUCAUAUGCAAGCUCAGAACAUUCCUACAACGUAAGAGGUACUUGGUCAUUGUUGAUGAUAUUUGGAGCGCAAAAGCAUGGGAAGUUGUCAAAUGUGCUCUCCCAGAGAACAAUUUAUGCAGUAGAGUAAUUUCAACGACAAGAAAUGCAGAUGUUGCAACAUCAUGCUGCUCCUGUUUAGCAGGAUAUAUCCAUAACAUGCAGCCCUUAACUGAGCAGGACUCUCAGAAGCUAUUUUUUAAGAGGAUUUUUGGGGACAAGUCAGCAUGCCCUCCUUACCUUGAACAAGUCUCCCAUGGAAUCAUUAGCAAGUGCCAUGGGUUGCCAUUAGCUAUUAUCAGUAUAGCUAGCCUGCUAGCUGGAAAAUCACAUAUGAAGGAGCAAUGGGAGCAAGUGCACAAUUCUAUUGGUUUUGUGUUUAGUCAACAAGGAAUUAGAGAUAUACUGCUGCUUAGCUACUAUGAUCUUCCGAUAAAUCUGAAAACUUGCUUGCUAUAUCUUAGUGUGUUUCCAGAGGAUUACAAGAUUGAUAGAGAAGAGCUAAUAUGGAGAUGGAUAGCUGAAGGGUUCAUCAGUGAAGUGAAGGGUCAAACACUGGAUCAAAUUGCUGAUAAUUACUUCAAUGAUCUUGUAAACAGAAGCAUGAUCCAACCAUUUGACAUCAAGUACGAUGGCAGGGCAGAUGCUUGUAAACUGCAUGAUAUGGUGCUCGACCUUAUAAUUUCCCUGUCAACACAGGAGAAUUUCACAACCAUAAUGGAAGGGCAACAAUAUAAAUGUUCUUCUAAUAAGAUUCGUAGGCUGUCAGUACAUUCAAAAUAUCUGGAAGAUGAAGUAAUGCAGGAGAUUAUGAUGAAUUGCUCGCAAGUUCGUUCCAUCAGCUUCUACGAAUUGCAAGAUCAGGAAAUUAGUCUUCUCUCAACUCUUAAUUCUUUGAGAGUGCUAGCUUUUAAUAAUUCCCACCAUCUUGGUAACAAAAGCAUUAAAUAUCUUGGAAGGUUUUUCCAGCUGACAUAUUUGAGCAUCGCUUCUCGUGGUAUCACUGAUCUUCCAGAGCAAAUAGGAGGUCUGCAGAAUCUACUGACACUAGACAUUCGUGGCAGUAGUGUUGAAAAAUUGCCAUCAACAAUAGGUUGUUUGAAAAAUCUGGUGCGUCUACUUGUAAAUGAAGCUGUGAAAUUGCCCAAUGAGGUUGGAGAUCUACAAGCCUUGCAGCAGCUGUCAUUUGCUGGUAACUAUAAUUCCAUAGUAUUUGUGGAACAGCUGAAGCGGUUGGCAAACCUAAGGGCGAUUUCCAUACGACUGCAUGAUAGCGCACGACUUGGUCAUCAUGAUAUGGCAAGGUAUAUGGAAGCUUUGAAGUCAUCUCUUGCUGUGAUGGAUAAACAAGGGAUCCAAUCAUUGGAAAUAUCCUGCUUUGAUAGUGUGAUAGGAGAAAAACUCAUGGAUUUAUUAUGCUACUCACCAUGCCUCCAAAGGCUUGUCAUACAUGGUUGUUGUAUCGGUCUGCUAUCAAAGCAGAUGACGUUGCUUGUUAACCUCAGGCAUCUUGAAAUAUGGGUUAGAAACAUUAAGCAGGACGAUCUCUGCGUUCUAGGAAGCAUACCCACUCUGCUCUUCUUCAGGUUAUUUGUAGUAUGUGGACCUGAUGAAAGGCUUGCCAUCAGCAGCCAUCAAUUCCGAUGCCUCAAGCAGUUCAUCUUCGUAAGUUACGGAGGUGGGCUGGAGAUGUUGUUUAUGCAGGGAGCAAUGCCUGAGCUCCGAUGGUUCUCUUGAAUUCCGCGCACAUGAAUCAGACUGCAAGAUGGGUUUUGAGUUCAGCUUAAAGCACCUUGCAAGCCUGGAGCACCUCAAAGUCACAAUUUUUUGCCAUGUUGCCACCAGAAGCCGGGUGGAGGCUGCAGAAGCUUCGGUCAGGAAUGCAGCCAGUGCCCACCCAGGGUGUCCCAUAUUUGAAAUCAAUAGAUGUGGGGAACAAAACAUGGUAGAUGAUAAGGUCGACAAGGAGGAGAUACUCAAGGAUAUAGAUGCUCAUGAAGUGGUUCGGCGUGACAUGAAUAACUGAAAUUGCAGUUUGCAACACCCUAUGUGAGAUUCUACUUUUACUGCUGCUUAUAAUUGCCUGAGACAGAGGCUAAACUGCUAGCCACAUGAUCACUAUUGAUGCAUGGAAACUAAGUUAUCAGACCUUCCAAUUCAGAACCAUCAUCAUUUGGUUUUGUCUAAUUACUACUGGUAAUACUGGCAAGUAGACCUUCUAGCUUGAUUUGUAAACACAUUGAGCUUUAAUAUUUCAAAUGCGGGUAGCCGGACUGCCAAUGAGCAUCUCUUGCUUCAGUUGUACUUUACUCUAUGUACGCCGAAAGUCUGCAAGCUUUGAGUAAUCUCUUCUGCAAUUACUUCUCCGAAAGGACCAAGAUAAGAAAACAAUAUGUACUACCUCCGUUUCUAAAUGUUUGACGCUGUUGACUUUUUUAAACAUGUUUGACCAUUCGUCUUAUUCAAAAAAAAUAUAAGUAAUUAUUAAUUCUUUUCC